AUGGGGCUGCUGUCGGAUUUCGGCUUGGAGGACGUGGCGGUGCAGUUCGCGCGGGUGCCGAUGUUCCCGAUAUUCGACCUGAUGCACUACACGCUCUCCAUCAUGUACCUCAAGCACGAAGCAGGCGUGGUGGACCUGUCCCGCAGGAGCCCCAUCACCUGCUGGGUGUGCAGCAUGUUGUGCUGCUUCGGAGGGGGGAUGCUGGCGGCCGCGAUGCUCGGGGAGCCCAUCCUAGACCCCUUUGAGAGCAAUAUCAACGUCUUCCUCGCCUCCGUCAUCUGGUACAUGGUCUUCUACUUCCCCAAGGACCUCUACUACCGCCUGUGCUCGCUGCUGCCCGUUAAGCUGUUUGUGGUGGCCAGCAAGGAGGUGACGCGCGUGCGCAAGAUUGCCGCCGGCGUGGCGCACGCCCACCACGUCUACAAGCGCGGCUACGUCGUCAUGGUCGCCGUCGGCAUCGCCAAGGGUGCCGGGAGCGGACUUUUAGCGAACCUGGAACAGCUGCUGCGCGGAGUCUGGAAACCCAACACCAAUGAGCUGCUCAACAUGUCCUUUCCCACUAAGGCGACGCUGCUGGGAGCCGUUCUCUUCACAGUAGAGGCCGCCGGAUGGCUGCCACUCUCUGAAGAGUUCCUCAUCCUGAUCGUCACCAUCUUCCUCGUCACCACAAAGGUGACGCUCACGGCCAUGCACUCGCACGCCUCGCCCUUCGACCCCAUCGAGACGCCGCUGUGCGGCUUCCUCUUCGGCGCGGCGCCACCCGACUCGGAUGGCCACGGCCACGGGCAGUCGUCGUCGGGCCCAGCCGCGCCGGCCCAGCAGGGCAAGGCAGAGCCGACGGAGCCCGCGCUGCGCAAGCGCAAGAGCAAGAAGGCGGAGUGAGGUGGUGCCGUGCGCCAGCUCGCGGAGAAACGUUGCCGCCGCCGCCGCCGUCGUCGUUUUUUGUUGUUGAGCGACGAGGUCGGUCGUUCAGGUAGCGCGGUUCAAACCCCAUCCCCCCCCUCGUCCCUCCUGCGUAAACAACUCCAGCGUCAGUGAUAAGUAGGGUUGCCGCGAUGUUGCGAUGCUACGGUACGUUGCACGAUAUAGAAUCCACGAUAGUCGUACCGUCAAUUGGGAAAAAUGUUGCCCAAUCGUGAUGAUCGUGGCUCACUUAAUUUUUUUCUGAAAGUUUACAUUUUCUGACAAUAUAUGUGAAAUAACGAUGAUCAAAAGUUCACGGUCAUAAUAACAGUUCGAAAAGCACUAAUUGCCUGCUAAGUUAGCGCUUUGUGAAAUGCUUCCCACAGUAAUUGACGGCAUGGCAGUUAUGAGCGUUGCGCAGUAGAUUGUAGAGUUCCAACGAUUAGAGGAGAUGUAUGGCAGUAAUAUGUUGAGUGAACUACUGUUUAGUAAUUAUUAAUGGGCAUUUAUUCGUAUUUGAAUGCAUUCGCCCAAUUAAUGGAAAUUGAUACACAGAAAUAAUUGUGAAGUUGAAUAUCGUAUCAAAUCGUGCAGAAUUAUAUCGCGGCAACCCUAUGAAAAGAAACCUUGUCUGUUUGCGUGAAUGAUUAAUGUUCCUUUGUUUUUCUUAAGAUCACCACUGCAGCACAGGCAGCAAAGGAGUUAUGUGCAGCGUUUGUUUUUCAUUCACCUGUUGUGCCAUGUGAACAGGGCUACGUUUGCAAGUAACGAUCCGUCGAUUAAAAUAUUCUCUUGCACUCAACGGCACGCGGUCGGGCACACACACGGAACCAUGCGUGUUAAAAUUGGUAAUUCAUGGGGCCGAUGAAAUUAUAGUCAAGUGAUGCCAACAAGACAAAACAAAUGCGACACAUUGUCCAACAAAAAUUGCCGACAAAAAGGAUCGACUGCUAUGUUGAAUCGCGACAUGGAAUCGCGACAAUUAAUUAUUCAGAGGCCACGGAGUAUUAUGAGUUGUUACCUGCCUAUUCGUUAUGUUGUCUCCCAGCACCACUGCAGGUGCAUGCGGCAGCAGUAAGGCAGCACCGUCUGCCUCUGUGGCUCCAUGCUUAUUCUUAUAGUUUGCAGAAUUAUUGUUCUUGUUGUCGUGCAGCUACCUCUGCAGGCGGUGUGCUCUUAGGGUCACCUCUGGGACUUCCUCGUUUCCCUUGGGGGGGUGGGGGGGGGUAUGGAUUAUAUGUCCACAAUUUGGGGGGAGGGGAGGGUGAGGGGGCAUCACUUGAAUCGUCAUAUUGAGUGGGGGCAGUUCAAUGAAUUGUCGGCUGGAGUGUGAUUCUAAACAUGUCGAGAGCUGAGGUUUAACACACAGGAGUGCAAAGAAAUAUUUGCCAAUUCCAUGGCAUCGGUGAAGUUAACGUGCUAAGUUUAAAUGUUUAAGCACAAUGGUUUAUGUGCCCUCGCUGUCUUGCAUAGUUAACAAGGCGUAAGACUCAUAAAAUCACUGAGUUGAGUUUUUUUGUUGAAAGGCAUUCAGCUGGCAAAGGGGAAUUGAGUUUUGAGUGGUGAAGUGUCGCCGCCACGUGUGUGAAUGGCAUGUCGUGGAGAUUAACCCAGUAGUUCAGAGGUCAGGGACACGAGAGACAACGAGUUCCAGUCCGUGUUUAAGUCAACCGUGAUUUAAACUGGUUUCUCAAGCGUAGAGAGUCGAUAGUCUCCUCCCAGCCACAAAUUACUGAACAGAGCAAUAUAUAUUUUUCUCCUGGUAUGGCACAUUCGAGCUGUUAAAAAUUCAACAUUUUGGUUGAAAUGCCAUUGUGACUUAACGCUCUUUUGGAGGGCAUAUAAGGGUUUAUUUUAGAUAAGACGCCUACGCAAGUGACUGAAGUGACUUUAAAAGUAGUUGUGAUGUACUCCAGGGGCUGUUCUGCGAUGACACAAUGUGAUUUCACUCGUCUCUCUUGUGAGCGUUCCUGAUGGAGAUCUCUGCUUUCUCAUGGCAUGAAUAGCUCAAUUGUAAAAUAAUAAUAAUAAUUUACAGUAUAUUGUCAAUCCACUGCUGUAUGAAGGCCUUCUCCAUGCUGCACCCUGUCAGUUAUGGAGGUUGUUUGAUCAUACUUCACCAUGCUGGUCAGUGCAGGCUGGUGAAGGUGUGUGGGGAGGGGCAGGAAUGGUUCGGAUAUCUCUGGCCACUGAUAACGCUGUCUGUGGCCGGGAAAUUACCUCAAUUUCGACUGUGUUCAUAGCGUGUCGCUCCAACCAGGACGCCACCGACGCAGUACCCAAUUUAAAUGUAAUUUGGAUUCAGAAUAUUAAUUGAAUGAAAUGUUGAAGCCCGUUUAUUGUAGGUCUUGUGGGGGUGAACACAUUUUCAUCUUGAAUUAUUCUGGGAAAUUUCCUUUACGGGGGUUCCUCUGUGCCUUUUAAGCUUCAUCGCUUUCAACUUGGAACGACACUUACAGGACAUAACGUAGAAACAUAAUUGCCGUUUUUUUCUACCGUGAGGCAGACUCACGAAUUAAGUAUUUGUAAAGGUUUGCAGAGGGAACUUAUAAUGUUUUCGAAAGGCAAAAUUAAUGACAUAAUUCAGGGGGAAAAAAAGUAUUGAAGCUGUUUUUAAACAUUGUCAUCUUUUCAUGGAUAAGAUAUAUUUUUUGCACUGAUAAAAUAUUUUGUAGGAACAGUACUUAAGCAAUCUAUGCACAUUUUUAAAUUCACUAACGUCACGGCCAGAGAAAUUGAAAUGUUUAAUCAGGAUUUCGUUUUGUUUAAUGUAGACGUUUAUAAGCCAUUGUUUGUAAUUAGAUAUUUUUACUAAACGUUUCAAUCUUGGCACGCUGACGAUUCUAAGGGACAUAACGUUGAAUGUGUCUCCUUGUGCAAUCCUGUAAUUUUUAACAACAAAAUAUCUGCGAAACGUAAGCAAGGAGCCCUCUAUACCUUUACAGUGGCUUUAACUGAGAUUAGCAAAUGCAGGUAAUCAAAAUUCUGAACUAUUAUUUUUUGACAGAUCAAUAUGUAUAUGAAACUGCACAAGUAGCUGGCGAUUAUUAAAACACCCGGGCGAUCAACGGGCAUUGUGGUAUUUAUUGCCUGGUGUUUGGCUUUGCAAAACUAUAGUUAUUUUUUGUGAUUUGUUUAUCAAAAAGGGGGAGUGAGGUGGUGGGGGGGGUGACCCUCUGUUGAGCUCCCCCCCCUUCCUCUGGAGUACGGCAGAGGCAGCCAGCUUGUGAACCUGGCGCAGGCCUGCGGCUUACGACGACGCCGUGGAUCACGCUCCGUGCUCAUGUUUUUUGCGUGUUUGGAAAACAUUUUGUGCAGCUUUAUUCGGGUUGUGGGUUGCGGGGCUUGCAGGGCUUGUGGUAUGCGGCACUCACGCGCGUGCGUUGACGUGGCAAGUGUGAAAGUGCAACCGAGGCCCCCCUCCAACUGGUGUCGACUACGGUUGUUCAAGAGCGCGUGGGCUUUGUAGCGUGUCCGGUCGCCAAGUCAAGUCGGUUUGUCCCCCCCCCCCCCCACAACCUCCCCAUACUGAAAACGAACGUCGUUGGGUGGUACUAUUAAUGUCUGCUGGCGGUCCCGAAGCAGUGAUGGAGAAUAACAUUCCUAUCUUCAGGGCCCACCCAGAUUCUCCAUGCAGAGAGACGGACACCGUGUUGGAAUGUCGAAAUUCCAUGGGUGGUGGGGGGGGGAACCGUAGAAAAUCUUGACCGAAAUGAGACACGUUAGAUUUUGAAGCAAAUUUUUAUUGGUAGUCUGUAAAAAUGGGCUUGGUAUCCUGCUUAUUGGCAAGCCCGAGUUUCUAUGCCACUGAUAUGCCCAAUCCCAUGCGAAUCGUAGUGUCUGAUUUGGAGAGCGAGUGUCCUCUUUGUUAACACCCAAUGUCUAGAUUCGCUUAGCCUCACCCGCUCUCACGAACAGGGUGAUCCACGUGUAGACAACACCACCAAUGUCCAAUGCACCUUUUAGUUCAAAUUGCCAUUGAAGCUGUAAGCAAAUCGCACCGGCUACGUUAUACAAGGCGUAUGUAGAAAGAGAGGUUAACAAAUGCGUAAUAAGUCUCCAUACUGAGAUUGGUGGGAGACAUGCAGAGGCUUUGAGAAUAAAAUGCUGCCGUCUUACAUUUUGUUUUCAUUAUAGCGGGGUGUCUCAAAAUGGAUCGCCCUCUGUAAGUAUCUGGACUCUUUAAUUGCCACGCUCAUGGCCACGUGUAGUGACUGUACUCGAUCUGUCUCACCCUUGGAGCGCAUUGCAUUCGACACGACCGACGCGCACCCCUGUAUCCUGUGCCGUCUGCCACUUAAGCCUUAAUGGAUUUAAUUAUUAUGCGCGGUGAUGUUGAUUAUUUGUAUUGCUGGCACGCGAAAUGCAUGUGCACAGGUUUUUUGGCUUUGGUGUGAAUUUGUAUUUUUGCCUGUUCGGGUUAAUUGCUGAAUGUGAAUGUUUAAUGUAGAUUGUAGUAAGUUAACUCGCAGAGUUGACAUUUUAUUUAUUGAAAUUUAAAUAAAAAAGGUGCAUUUUUGAAACUGUCAAGUCAGAAAAUAAAAAAGGAUUGUCUUGG